ACUGCUGUGGGCGGGGCGUCAGCCGUGCGACGGUGAGGAGCAGAGGAUCUGGCUCCUCAGUGGUGAUGUGUGGUGUCGGCAUAUGGGCAGCGGCGGCCCCGGCGGCAUUUGCGGUGGUGCGCAUGCCAGCGGAUUUGGCGUGUCGCAGCGACUGCUGCCAGGGUUGGUCUACGGGAGGUGCAGCGCGUGGUGCUGCCGCUGCUCGGCCGGGACCGUGGGCCCAGCCGGAGGUGGUGGCGGUCCGCGCUGCUUUGCGACUGUUGUGGCAACUAGCGCGUCAUUGGCCCUCUGGAUUGGUUUGUGUGGAUUGGUUGGGCGGCGGCGGCUGUGGAGGUGUGCUUUGUCCCGGGGUCCUGGCCGGACGUUGUGCUGGGGGUUUUCUUGGGCGAAAGCCUUAGCGACGACGACGCUCCUGAGCGCCGCUUCCCCUGUUGAGGGCGUCGUGUUCCCUAGCUUUGUCUUCCGUGGGCGAAAGCCCGACCCACCUCGGACCGGUGACGAUGGCGUCCUCGACGUCACUCCCUUCCUGAAGGCGUCGCUACUGAAGUUCGUCUCGGCCACGUCGUCGCCUUUGGUGGUUGCUUUCGUCUUUUGGGUCCCGGUUUGCGUGCGGAGGUGGAGGCUUGCACCGUGAAAUCGAAGCUGCUACGUCAGGGGAUGUGGCUUGGCAACGAUGACGUGGAGCGACCCCCCUUCUUCGUGGGCUUGUUUGCUUCGAAGAUGAGGCAUUUGGCGGAGGCAGGGCGGUGGAUCAAGGUUUUGGAAGUCUCGCUGGUGAAGAAUCGGAGCUGUCUCGAGUGGGGUAUCUCGUGGCUUGGCAACGACGACGCCCCACAGUCUUCCUUCUCUUCUGCCGGUGUUUGUAGUCAUCGUCGUGUUUCCUUCGACCUUGUGCUGCCUGUCUUGGGGAGUCGGAGCUGCUCGUCACUUGUGUUGAACUCGGCAACGAUGACUCACGAUGGGUAUUGUGUGUGUGGGGUUGUUGUUGUAUGGUUUGU